GACAGGUCUGCACGGAUAGCGUCGAAAAUGCGGGUCCAGACCAAAAAUGGAACCACUGCCACCCAAGCCGCAGCCUGAACCUCUUGGCCAGGACCUCCUCCACUAGUCUCCACAUCUCGUGGCACAGAUAUUGCUAUCCGAUUUGCGGGUAUAAAACCAUGGCUGUCCCCCUCGCGAGCUCUUCACCCGAACACCCCUGUUUCCCCCCAAAUCUACCUACAACCCCUCUCUCAAGACAAUCAUGUCUACAUCCUACACUAUUCCAAAGACCCAGAAAGCUGCCGUAGUCGAAUCGGUUGGCGGAACUUUGCAGAUCAAGGACGACUAUCCCGUGAAGCAAGCAAGUGAGCUUGCACCAGGCGAAUGUCUCGUCAAGCUCGAGUUCACUGGUGUUUGCCAUACCGAUCUUCACGCUGCGAAGAAUGAUUGGCCAGUUCCUGCUAAAACCCCACUUAUCGGUGGACAUGAGGGUGUCGGCCAUAUCGUUGCUAUCGGUGAACACACUCAAGAUUCCCCAGUCAAGGUCGGCGAUCGUGUUGGUAUCAAGUGGCUCGCAUACUCCUGCUUGGAGUGUGAACAAUGCAGGAAAGGAAACGAGCAAGUUUGCGUCAAGGGAAAGUACAGUGGUUUCUCCGUAGACGGUACUUUCUCGCAAUAUGUAGUCUCAUGGGUUAGCCAUGUUACUCCCAUCCCCGCGAAUUUGGACAGCGCAGAAGCCGCUUCCAUCCUAUGUGCAGGUAUCACUGUAUACCGUGCCAUCAAGCACAGCCAGACACACAUCGGUGACUGGAUUGUCCUUCCCGGUGCUGGUGGAGGUCUUGGUCACCUUGCUAUUCAAUACGCAGUCGCAAUGGGUCUCCGUGUCGUUGCAGUCGAUACCGGUGCUGAGAAACGAGAUCUCUGUCUGAAGCUCGGUGCUGAGAAGUGGGUUGACUUCAAAGAGACCAAGGACCUCGUGAAAGACAUCAAAGAUGCCACAGGCGGCGCUGGACCCCACUCUACUAUCAUCACUGCUGCGAGCAACGCUGCGUAUGAGCAGGCCAUCGAUUACCUUCGUCCCGGAGGAACCCUUAUGGUUGUCUCUUUGCCAGGCCAGGGAAAGCUCAGCUGUGACAUUUUCUUCACUGUCACUAAGGCUAUCAGUAUCCUUGGCUCUUACGUCGGUAACCGACAAGAUGCAAUCGAGUCGCUUGAUAUCGCUGCACGAGGAAAAGUGAAGUGCUACUACACUCUCAAACCUCUUUCUGCCCUUCAAGAGACAUACGAAGGUCUUGAAGAGGGAACUGUCGUUGGUCGUGUCGUUCUUGACAUGAAACAGUAAAGAUUCCGUUGGUUACGACCAUUAUCAUCUUUAAAAUCCAUCGCGUGUACUAUCAGUUGUAUUCAUAGUUGUCAUCAGUUGGGUAUUUUCGAGUCGUCAUGAUUCGUGAUCUGCCUGUACGUCGGAUUCGUUCCUAUUAUCGCGAGUAGUUGUUGGCAAGGACCUAAUCAUAGGGUGGGGUACCGACUGAAGCUUGGCACAAAUAUCACAAUAUUGAAAUAUUGAACGCUGAUCGAUCGUGCGACGACGAAGGCGAAGAACCUGGUUUAGAACAACGUCAAGCCCCAAGCCAACGCCAUGCAGUCCAACUCAAAUGAACUGAAGCAGACUAGAAGCAAGCGGAAGAGUUUCCAAGGUACCAUAUACGAGUCUGAUUCGAGAGCUUCCAUAAAGUUCAAAUCUGCGUAUCUUGAACUCCACUUGCAAACACUACGUUCGACGGUCAAGUCUGAAUGGCCAUCUCUUCGAUGGAGACGAUAAUUCGAACUGAGACCUCUGCAGGUUU